CAUAAUUUGAUUUAUGGGCAAUAAAUCGUUUAAUAAAAGCGAAACAUAUAGAAAACCAUUGUUUCCGUGCUGAUCCAAUAAGGUACCUACUCUAUAAAUAGGGUUACGGGACAACUUACACUAAAUUCUCCCACGGACAUAUUAAUGGAAAUUCAAUUUGCGUUGGUUUUGCUUGUUGUGUUGUUGAAGGUCGCUUAUAAAAGGUUCAAAAUGGAUCAAGGUAUGGAAAUUGGCAACGAGCACCAGUUGUGGGUUAACCUUAGCUCUUUAACCGAGGGAAAUAUCGGCGGAGUCCUCCCAAAACUCAUCCAAGAAAUGUUGGGUAACAUAGAAAAUGAAAAUGUCGAACAAGAACUAUUUGAAAUCACGCUUCCAAGCGAUGAUGAAUGGAGAAAUAAGAUGUAUCAAAAAUUAUUAUUAAAACAAAAACUUGCUAUGUCAAUGGACCAACAAAUUCCUGAAGAAAAAAUCGUAUUGCACGAAUGGAAUAUACUACCUAAUAAAAAUGAAAAGGUUUUUUGCGCACCCGAUGCUGAAAGAUUAGCGAAAAAAGUUAUUAAAACAGGCCCUGGACCAAUAACUUGGACGGUCAGUGAUAUCGCAAAAGCUUCCUGUUUAUUACAAACACCACCGCUUAAAAUAACAUUCCAAGAUGAACAAGAAAUGCGUAGGGUUUACACAUUAAUCUACGACGUUUUUAGAUAUAAAUCAGUGUUACAUCAAACUUUAAUGGAUACAGCUUUUUUCUUUAUAUUCCCCGAACUUAUGAACGAUCAAGCUAGAGUGUAUUUAUUACUUUACGAUAUGUACCAUAGAAGUUUUAAAAAACGCGAAGUUCAAAAUCAAGCUGUAGCGAACAAAAUGUUUGCCGAAUGUGGUUUAUCAAAAGUCGAAGAGUAUUUAUGGAAACAAAGAGUGAAAUUGGCUGCGGCUAUCGCGCGCUUACGCAUCGAAAAAAGUGCUUUAAGAUUAAACGAGUUAUUACCCGGUCAUCUUCGGGAUGAAAAAACAACCAUUUUUGAUACAUCUCCGGUUACUUGUUGGGUUAAUUUGAAAAAAUUAAAAAAUAAGAAGGAAUUAAAUGUCGAACUUAUUUCGAAUCUGGGAUUAACGGAAAUCGAUAACGAUUUAACGCCGGGACCUGGCCAUUACAAAUGGGAUCCUCAUUGUCCUCAUUUUUUAGUUUUACACCCUACAGUAAGGUCCAAGUUAGCUCAAAGCACUUUAGUGAAAAAACAUAAAUUAAUUGUUCAGAGUAAAUCAUUUUGUGUUGGUCCCGCAACAUUUGGAAAAAUAAUUUCAGAUCUUCAAUUAACCGGAAGCGUAGUACAAACCCACGUAAACUCCCCAAGAACGGUAGCUUAUUUGGCAACUCUUCUCUCCCAAAACGGGAAUAUCAAAAAAUUGAUGGCUUUUAGCGCAGGUAACAGAAAGAAAGAGUACGAGACGUAUUUUCACGACCUCGGGAUGAAAAAUAUCGUCAUUUAUUCGGAAAAAUUAAUCGACGUGGCACCGGAUGCUAAUUAUUUAGAGGAAGUUAUCGCCGUUUUUGCUACGCCUCCAAAUAGUUAUUCUGCGGUUACCGAUCCGAUUGAUCUUGUUUGCGGACGAGGAGGCGAUUUAUCGGUUUUAGAAAUUCUUACGGAAGCUGAAGAAACUAAACAAACCAAACAAAGAGUUACUAAUAUUUUAGAAGAACAGAAAAAAACGUUACGAUUCGCCAUGUCACGACCACAAAUCCAAUUCGUUUUGUAUGAAACUCACUCUGAAAUCGAUGCUGAAAAUAACGCGAUGGUUGAUAAAGCUAUGAAAGAAGUAAACAAAUUAGCUUUAAUACACCACGCUUCUUUACAAGGAAAAAUAAAAGCUCAAUCAGUUGAUGCUGCCAGCAUACAAGAUAUAACUCUUGUUGAUCAAACCUCUUUAUUAAAUAAAAAUUUAUUGGAAGCCCCUUCCGAUGUCUCUUUAAUAUCGAGAAUGUCAGCUGAAGAAAGUGAUAGUGAAGAAAGAUUGAGAAACGUCGUUGUUCCCGAUUGUGAUGUUUUUACAACUGCUGAUGUCCCACCUCUUUGCCCUAAUAUUAAAGAGCAAUGUACUAACAUCUCAAGGGAAGGAUGCUUUUUAGCUUUAAUGCAACGAAAAACCGUAACAAAUAUGGAUAAUAAAUAUAUGAUAGAAAUGGCUGAAUCUCGGGGAUUAUUUGGAAAAGCUAAUCCUGAUAAAAAAACUUCUAAAGGAGCUAAAACGAAAAAACCUGUUGAAGCUGUUAGUUCACCCACAAAUAAACCUAAAAAGAAAGUUAAACAGAUUGAGAUCGAACGUAUUGCUGCACCUACAUUAGCAUCGAUUCAACAUUCAAAAGCAUGUACGUUUUCAACUUGUCAACAUUGUAUGAGACAUUCAAAAGAUUUGUGGGAAUGUAAUUAUCCGACGAAGAGACCGUCGACAACAUCAACACCCGCGAAGCAAUGGUGGUCAGAAACGACUCGCCACUUAACCAAUUUACGCACGAGUUUAGUAAAACAGAAAGUUUUGCCACCGAAACAAAUACCCCAGAAGCAACAAUCAGCGACGAGCACAACUAGCAAAGCGAUCGCAAACACUUUUAUUCAUACAACGCAAAGGAUCGAUGAAAUCGUUGCUAAAACUUCAAAGAGUUCUUGUGCGAUUCCGUUGUAUCCGAAAUUAAGAUUAACUCGAAAACCGAACAGAAAGGAUAAGGUUCCGUGUCCGAUGACGGUUACUUUUGUUAAAUUUAACGGAACCGGACAUAGAGCUCUUAAACUGAAUUGUUAACAACAAAAUUUAAUUAGAGCAUCAAAAACUAAUUUAAUAAAAAAACUGUGAUUAAAAAGAUUGGUUUGGGUGUGUAAAGGGAAUGUAUAUUUUUUAUAUUUAAAUAAAAUUAUGAUGUGUA